AUGCUUCUAACAUAUCACUUAAAAUCUGUUGAUACCAGCAACGUUUACGAUUAUGCAAACCAAACUAGCGAUAACGACAUACAUAUAAAUUCUGAUAACAUUAAAAUUAAUCAAUUAAACGGUGACAAAAUAAAUGUGUUAUCCAAAAAUAUAACUAAAACAUUCAAUAAUGAUCAGACAAAGAAAAAAAAUGUGUCUAAUAGCACUUCAUCUGUUCCGCUUAUGUCAACGAGCGUUAAUAAAUCAAACAAAGAUCUAAUCACUUUUUCGCUGUUUGUGCAGAAUUUAACUGCACAAGAAAAAUCUAUCGAUGCAAGUGUAAUAGCAAAUCUUCAUAAUUCAAUUAGCAAUGGAGAUAUGGAAAAUUUCAUAUUAAAAUAUGAAAACAGUUGUGAAAAAUGUAUGCUAGAUUUUGUAAAAGAACAAAUUAUGUUUUGGUCUAUAAAUGGCAGCGUCAAAGAGUCAGCCACCCAUUUUAAUGCAGUUGGAUAUUUGGACUUAUCCUACCGGAAUUUUACAAAUGAUCUUAGGUUGUAUGCAGAAACAAAAAUAUACAUUUACAAAAAUACACCAAAUAUAGAAGCAUUUUCAGCAGCCUAUAACAACCUCAGAUACGUUCCCUUCAGCACUUUAACUUUGUUAAAACCUCAUCUGAAAUAUUUAACCUUACGAGGAAACAUUUUUGCUGCUUUCAAAGGGAAAAAUGAAGAUGAUAUUCGUUGGGCGACAUUUCCAGUAUUGCCACAACUUUUCGAGUUGGAUCUUAGUAGCUGCAAUAUCGAAUUUUUAACUGCAAAUAUAUUUCGAAACAUGACAAAGUUACGUAAGCUUUUUAUAUCACACAAUAAAAUGAUGACUAUUCCAUCCGAUACCUUCCAAUAUAUAAGUGGACUUCAAUAUUUGGAUCUAUCUUUUACAAAUGUUUUAGACUUUAAUUAUAACUUGCCUUUGCCUACAAUUGAAGCUGUUAUUAACCUAAUUUAUGGAGUAAAAAUUCAAAAACUUACCUUUAAGUUCUUACCGAACUUGUUAUACCUGGAUUUGGGACAUACAAAAAUAACCAGAAGCAGUGCUGUAGCUUUCGCUCAUUUAAGUGAAAAACUGAAGUAUUUAAGUUUAUGCUACACCUCAUUUCCAAUGGUUGGAAGUGCUAUUUUUAAAAAUACAGCUUUAGUUGGAAUUGAUCUCUCUGGUAAUCCAUACGCUUCAUAUAAUAUAAUUGAUGAUGCAUUUGAUGGCGUUGCAGAUACGUUAAAAUAUUUGUUCUUUGAAUCAUCUAAUAUAAAGGAUUUAAACUGGUUAAAGGGCUUACGACAAUUAAAUGUUCUCGGCUUAUCUGGUAAUAAUUUAAAUACUAUUACGACAGAUGUAUUUAAUACACUUAAAAACUUAAAAUUUCUUGAUUUGAGUGCAAACUACAUCGGAAAUUGGUACACUCGUGCAUUCACUGACAAUCUAAAGCUAAGGGUAUUAAAUCUUCGUGGAAAUAAUAUUAACAUAUUAACAUCAGAAAUGUUAAAGGAUUUUCAGUUAUUGGAUUAUCUUAGCCUUGGUGACAAUAACUUUGUUUGUGAUUGUCUCUUGCGAGAAUUGGUUGAUAUUUCUGCAGCCAAUAAUAAAGAAGCGGAAUGUGCCCGUAAUUUAAUUGAAGACGCUCAAGAUUUUAUAAUAAAAAACUCAAGUUUCAUUAAUAAAUACAUAUCAUCAAACUUAACUCUUGGUAUGCGAAGUGUUAUGGGAAGAACAAAUUUCGCGACUAAUUACACUCUUAAUGCAAAUGAUUUCAUAGAUUUUUCUCAUUAUAUAACGAAAAGAUAUUUUACUUCAUUGAAUCGCAGUUUUCAUAAUAUUAAGCAAUAUGAGAUUGCAAAAAAACAACAAAAAUUUCGUGUUAUUCCCCAUUUUUUUCGAGUGCUGCGAUCUGACACUUCCGCUCAAUGUUCAGGUUCUGAACCAGUUUACAUAUAUGAUAAAUUGAAUGGCACAACUCUGAAAUUUCAGCUGCUAGAUUAUGAAGACACAGACUAUUAUUGUUUUAAUGAAACACAACGAAUGAAUUUCGGUGAACUUAAUUGCGUUUCUCAGGUGUUUGAAGAUUUAACUGACCGAUUACAGACUCUUAUGAAAACUAUUAUAGUUUGUGUUUCUACUUUAUUAGGACUAUCAUUACUUGGUAUAGUGAUAUACUACAAACGGUGGCAUAUUUAUUAUUAUUACUCAUCACUUAAAUCGGCAGCACUAGUAUCAGAAGUUACUAAAGAUAAUAUUGAUAAAUUGAAUGCUUUGGCUAUAAACGAUCCUAAUCUUGUAUACGAUAUAUUUAUAAGUUAUUGUCAAAAUGAUCGGCAAUGGAUUUUGGAGGAAUUGUUGCCAAAUGUAGAAGAAGUCGGUGACCUUUCCAUUUGUAUGCACGAACGAGAUUUCGAGGUUGGGAUGACAAUUCUGGACAACAUAAUUUCAUGCAUGGACCGUUCUCGAGCAAUGAUGUUAAUUAUAUCUAGUAAUUUCCUUUUAAGUCAUUGGUGUCAAUUUGAGAUGUAUUUAGCUCAACAUAGAAUUUUUGAAGUCAAUAAAGAGCAUUUAAUACUGGUAUUUUUGGAAGAUAUACCACGUAACAAAAGACCAAAGAAUCUGCAAUAUCUAAUGGAAGUAAAAACGUACAUUAAGUGGCCAUCGCUCUCAGAAUGUAAGCAGUCAGAUUCUGAAGAAUGCAAAAUGUUUUGGAAACGAUUAAAAAAGUCAUUACAAAGAAUUGUAUCUACACCUAGAUAAUUGCAAUUCACCCGACUUCAUUUUAUUUGGUUAUACAAACUUAAUUUAACAUUAGUAUAUUUAUUGUGAUAUCAAUUUUAUUGUUAACCCAUUUGACUAACAUAGUGGAUGUUCAAAGUUUUGAUCUCUUAGAAAUUAGAACGUCCUAAAAUUAUUACCUGAUUUUGUCCUGCAUUAAUGCAAGACAAAAAAGUUUUCCUUCUUUCUUAUUUUUAAGUACAUUGCUCAUAAACUUCAAAAUAAAAAUGCGGAAUCAUCAUACUAAUUUUUCUUUCUGCGACUGUUAAAAACAUUUACUUACUAAAAGAGUUCAAAAAAGGCGCGUUAUUUCUUCCUAAACAUGUCUUUCGGCACUAUGUAAUGACAUAGUUACAUCAAAUAUGAGUUCAAAACAAGAAGCAU